CUUUCUCCUAAUCAUUACCAGCGGGAGUUACGUUUUUGUAAUCGUCUUUGCAAAUAAAUAAUUAAAAAAUGACUGCAUUUUUAGGUAAAAAUACGUUUCCAACUGUUUCUAUGUAUAUGAAUUAUCUGACAUCACAUGCAGUAGGAUUAUGAUAGAUUCCAACAGGGAUGAUAAACCUUUUAUUAAAUGUUUUAUACAGUACAGUACAGUGUGUCAGUGUACGACAGUUCUGAGUUGAUAGUUGGAUACAACUGGGUGAUUGUGAUACUGAUACUUAACUGUAACAGUCACGUUUCAGUCAUAGAAUACUACACUUUAUUGAAAUUUUUAAAAAUUAUAAUUAUCACCCAAUAGAAUUUUAGUUAAAAACAUGCCAUGGUCAUAUGAAGGAAAAUUUAACUCUAGUAAUAAGCAACAAAAAAAACAACAACAAAGGGAGUGAAUCCAAAACAGAAACUUUACAAAAACCCGUAAAUGACGUCAUGGCGCAUUUUCUUUGUAUUGACCAACCUUUCUAGCUCUACUCUAGUACUUUUUGUACAAUGAAUUUUUAAUGAGCCAGUUCCCUUGGUGUUAGUAUUUGUUACGCUAUUCGGACCCUGAUCUCUUGAGAUUAAAUGCUAUUCCUAUGUCACUAGUGGUAGUUUAAAUUUUAAAUAGUUUUUUAAUCCCAACCUCUCACUUCUGGUACCUGGGUACGAAUAUCCACUUUGUUUAGUUAAACUGAAGAAGUAAGUUUACAAAAAUAUAGUUCAUUUGAUUAUCUAUUAUUUGAUACCAAAUUUUGUCUUACCAACCCAACUAUAAUAUUUUAAAUGUUUUUUUUAUCACACCAACCUCUCACUUCUGAAUCUUGGGUCCGAAUAGCCGCAGCCUUACUGUAAUCCUCUGUACCAAGGUCCCAAAUCUCAAAUAGUAUACUUUUCAUUAGAAAGAGCCCAGCUACGAGCCUAAUAGCACCGCUGAUAAUUUAUUGGUGACUUAAUUGUUUACAUCUGAUGCCCUUUUUAUUUUUGAAUAAUAUAAGUAUAAGUAGUAUAGUACAUGCAAGUGACUGGAUGGUUGCCCAUGACAACAAUGUUUUGCACACAUUAAAUAAGAUAAUUAUAAUAUGGACUCUACCUGGUUUUUAAACCUCAAAUUGAGUCAAAUUAAAAUACCUGAUACCUGUUUAAAUGCCUUCUAAGUUCAUUGUAAUAAACAAAUUAACAAAUAUUUUGAUGUGAAUAGACUGAAUAGUGGUAAUAAUUAUUUCAUAAGUAUUGGCAUCUUCCGUCAUUGAAAAGGAGGGCAUGGUCAAAAUUGGGCUGAGUGACCUUAUGAUAAUCCUGGUUAAUCAUAUAUAACUAAUGGCAGAAAUAACCAAAAUCAAUAAGAAUUGGCACACAUAUGCAUUAAUAUAUAUUGUAGAGGAAGAUUUAAUAUGAAAGACAUAUAUUUUUAUCUUCUUUAAAAAUUUUGUAAGGAAAGAUGCCUUAUAUAUACCUAUGAAUUUCUAAUGUAUUGGUGUCAAUUUAAAGGUUUAAAAAGGCAAAACUUAAUUAGAAAUGUAGGCCAAGAUGUCCACCACUGGAAAUGUGUGGAUAAAUACCACAAUUAUAUGGCAAAAUAGUCCUUUCAUCAUUGAAAGAGCACCAACGUCCAAAAAUUAAAAACUCUUGAUUCUUCUAUCAUUUCCAUACAAAUUUUGAAGUUGUCUCCCUUUCUUUACCCUAUGUUGUGUAUAAUAGUGUACGGCAGGCCUAAACACUUCAUUUUACCAAACACACACAGUUGUCAACUCAAUCAACUGAGUUGAAAAAAGUGCAGGGUUUGCCUAAAGUAGCAAACCUUUUCAACUUUGUAUAUUAUGCACCCCCCUAUCCAAUUGUAAUUCUUAAGCCUUGCACCCCCUAGAAAUAGUUUGACUUAGUCUCGCUCUUACAGUAGAAGUAACAAUUCAAUAACAAUGAUGAUGCAACAAUGCAUUUUAAAAUUGGAUAAGAAAAGGGAAUUCUAUUUAUUUUUCCAUAGUGGUGUACUUUGCAAAAACAUGGAUAAUAUAUGUCAUGGAUAUUGCCUGAAUAUACUUUGGUAGUAAACUGUUAAAAGAUAGCAGAAUCAAGGACCUUAGACAGCAUUAUCAGCAGCAAUUCAUUUUCAUUAGAUUGCAUAGAGAAAGAUCAUUCAUCUCUUUGAAGGAAUAGAUGCUGCUCUUUUUUUUUUAUUGUAAAUUUUCAAACUGUAGGCCAAAGGCAUCAAAUGGCUUGCGGCUCUCAAAAUAUUUUAAAAGAUAUAGUUUAUUAAAAUGAAGUGACAGUGUAAAGUGAGUUUAGCCCUAUAAAUAAUUGCAGCCUCUGAGGGGUCAAUUUUUCAUAGGGAUGAUGCACAAUUCAAUUAACAAUAUCUGUUUCCGCCCUUUUGACUACAACAUGCUGUUAUCACUAGAUUACAACUUAAUCUAAAUAUCGGGCAAAUAUCUGUAACUGUGUUGCGCAGUACCGUUAUUAAAAGUAAAAUACCCCGCAAUGCAACUGAAACUGCACGAGGCAAGACGGCGAUUGCUGAUGUUCUUUUCUCUCUUCUUCUUUGGUGUUCUCAACAUAUUGAAUAUCUGAGCAAUACCCCAAAAUAAAGUUGCUACUUUCAAUUUUGCACUAUGCACUAACUUUUUUUUGGUAGUAAAUAUCUUUAUGAUUCGUCUGCUUGUAAUAUUAUUAAUAUGUAAUAUAGAAAGGUCAGCAUCAAUGAAGCUGAGUGAUUAACCUUGAUAUUUUUACCAUAUAUUAUUGAGUUAGUACAAUAUUUACCAGAUCACUGCACUUUGUUAAUUAUUGUAAUGAUGAUUCCAUUAUAGUAAAAACAGCAAUACAAGUACAAUGAAAAGUACAUACCAUAAUUUCAUACUCAAUUUAAAUUAUAUAGCUAGGCUUAAAUAAUAAUAGUUAUUGAAUUAUUUUAAGUUCAUUCAUAUGGCCUGUAUGCACUUUGAAAUUUCUGCUAUCUUAAAAUUAAAAUGGGUUUAUGAGAAAAUGACAUGCAGUUUUAAAUAAUGAUGUUUGAAGUAUAGUUUUAUUUCCAUUUUUCUUUCCAGAUUCAUGGCCAAGGACUAUGACGGAUGAAGAAGUAUCCAAGUAUCCUAAAUUCUCCAGCCUGCUAUUACAAUUAAUUGAAAAACUUGCUCUUAAUGGAGCCAGUCAGUAUAUGGAAAAAAAGCUGGAUCUUGUAUGACUUUAAACAUAUUUCAUUUUGUAAACUAUUUUUAGUAUAUGGAGAAUGACAGGGAUAUUUUGUUCUCAGUCCCAGACUCACUAAGUAAUACUAAUCAACUGAAACAACUUUAGCCGCAAUAUUUAAUUUUAAAAGGUCAUCACUAUUUCAAAGUUUUAAUUAUGAACUAAAGAAAUAAAAAAUAAAAUUGUUCAACCUUUCUGAUACCUGCCUUAAAUUAUGAAAUAUUGAUUUUCUAUUAUUAAAUUAAGUUUAAAAAUUGAAAUAAAUUCAUCUUCACAGGCCAAACGCAAUUUGCACCAAGCUCGCUACAGCUGGCUGAUGAACCACAACAGUUACCAUGAGCUUAAUGAGCUGUUGACUGAUUUAGAAGUAAGAGGUCAAGAAGGAACUCUCUCUGCUGAUGAAAAAAAGGUUUGCCUGAUAUUAGUGUGAAUAAAUCAUUUAAAUCAUUUAUUGGGAAUCACUUGGCACUCAUCCUCACAUUAGAUAAAAAUUAAAUAAAUAAAUAUCCCACCUCUUUCGCCGAGUGUUCUUUAUUUUAUCUUAAUAAAAUACAGUUUUAAUAAGCAGACAGACAUCAGGUAAAAAUGCACUAAAGAAAUAAACACUGACCCCAAUUAUAGUAAUGAUAGCAUAUGGGUCAGUGAAGAGUUAGGUUUAUUAUUCUAGAGAAUCUUUUUUUUUUUAACCUGGGAUCCUCCGAAUUCUUAACAUUUCUUCCCAACCAAAAAUAAAAAUAUAAAAAUUUUGAAUCAGUUUCAGGUCAUUUUCAGAAAAACACUUGCCUAUAAUGAAAUCGGCGACUACCUACAUUUCCCUUCAAGCCUCAACUCAAAGUCAACCCUUUUUGGUUUAACAGCAUCCGACAUUGAACGCCUCAAUCCAGUUAAAAGUGUAGGUAGCUAUUUGUUUGAGUAUAUAAAUGUGUAAGAAUGAUGGUUCUGUAAACAAGAGUGUUAAGUUAGUGCAUUCUCUGAAAUGAAUUUUAAUAUCACACAAGUUUUUUUUUCAUUUAUUGGUCAUGAUAUAUACCGGUACUGAAAGGUAUAAUACAUACUGAUCGAUCCCGCCAAUGGCACCAGCUGGACCUCAUCAUCACCAGGCGUGCACAACUAGCUAGCAUCCUACUCACUCGCAGCUAUCACAGUGCCGACUGUGACACGGAUCACUCCCUUGUCACCAGCAAGGUACGAAUAAUGAGGAAAAACUCGUACCACUCCAAGAAAAAGGGACGUCCACGUAUCAAUACCUUCUGCAUGAAAGACCCUGCGCUAACGCAGCUGUUCACAGACAAGGUGAAGGAAGGUAUCUCAAGGAUGUCCCCAUGCGUCACCAUUGACUCGAAAUGGACGCAUCUCAGAGACACAAUCUAUACAUCCGCAAUACAGGCCUUUGGCAAAAAAUCUCACAAAAACACGGACUGGUUUGAUGAACAUUGGGACGAGAUGAAACCUGUCACUGAAGCCAAAAGGAAAGCUCUUACGGCUUACAAGGAAAAGCCUACACCCGACAGGUUGCAUGCCUUAAAAACAGCCAAGUCACUUGCCCAAAAGGUUGCACGUAAUUGUGCCAAUACCUACUGGCUUAACCUCUGUUCCAGCAUACAGUCAGCUGCAGAUAUGGGCGAUGCAAAAGCAAUGUACGAAAACAAAAAGGCAACUGGCCCCUUGACGUCCAAAGUUGCUCCUCUAAAGUCCAAAAAUGGAGAAAUUAUCCAAGACCGGGCAGCACAGCUAAAACGGUGGGUUGAGCAUUAUCUGGAAUUGUAUUCAACAGUUACCACAGUCUCCAGCACCGCUCUAGAUGACAUACCAGAUAUGCCACUCAUGGAAGAACUUGAUGUCGUGCCCUCACAGGAAGAGCUGAGCAAAGCUAUUGAUAGCCUAGCUUGUGGAAAAGCGCCUGGGGAUGAUGGAAUACCACCAGAGGCUCUAAAGAGUGGUAAGAUAGCUUUACUCCAACCAUUGCACGAGAUUCUGUCCCUCUGCUGGGAACAGGGCUACAUCCCCCAAGACCUAAAGGAUGCAAAUAUAGUGACACUAUAUAAAAACAAAGGUGAUAGGAGUGAUUGCAAUAAUUAUCGCGGCAUUUCACUCCUUAGUAUUGUAGGAAAGGCCUUUGCCCGUGUCAUACUAACACGUUUACAGAGUCUAGCAUCCCGUGUCUAUCCAGAAUCUCAGUGCGGUUUCCGGUCUGGGCGGUCUACCAUAGACAUGGUGCUCUCCAUACGACAGCUCCAGGAAAAAUGCAGAGAGCAGCAGAUGCCACUGUACAUUGCCUUUGUGGACCUUACAAAAGCCUUUGAUUACGUCAGUCGCAACGGGCUAUUCAAAAUACUGGCAAAAAUCGGCUGUCCCCCUCACCUACUUGCCAUCAUCAGAGAGUUCCAUGAAAAUAUGCAGGGUACAGUGCAGUUCGAUGGAGCCAAGUCAGAAGCCUUUCCAGUCAGCAGCGGAGUUAAACAAGGUUGUGUACUCGCACCAACACUGUUCGCAAUAUUCUUCUCUGUACUACUUCGAUAUGCAUUCAAGGAUAGCAGUGAGGGAAUCUGGUUACACACCAGAGCUGAUGGAGGACUUUUCAACACUGCCCGCCUCCGAGCCAAGACCAAAACGACAGAUGUCCUUAUUCGCGAGCUACUAUUUGCGGAUGAUGCGGCUCUAACCGCACACACAGAAAUUGGUUUGCAACAACUCGUGUCAAGCUUCUCCAAUGCCUGCAAAGAAUUUGGUCUGCAAAUCAGCUUGAAAAAGACAAACAUCAUGGCCCAAGACACUCGACCUCCACCUAACAUAAAAAUCGAUAACGAAAACUUGGAGGUUGUGGACAGCUUCACCUACUUGGGGUCCAAGGUCUCCAACACACUGUCCAUUGAAGAAGAAAUUAACAGCAGAAUAGGCAAGGCAGCUGCCACAAUGGCUAAACUAAAUAAACGAGUCUGGCAAAACACCAAGCUAAUGGAGAAAACCAAACUGUGCGUCUAUCGAGCUUGUGUCAUCAGUACACUACUAUACGGGAGCGAGACAUGGACCACCUAUACAUCCCAAGAGCGCAAGCUUAAUAGCUUCCAUAUGAGAUGCCUGCGUCGCAUCCUUGGUAUUAAAUGGCAAGAAAAAGUGACUAAUAGUGAGGUCCUAAUGCGUGCGAAUACCCAAAGCAUGUUCACAAUCCUUAGUGAAAGACACCUGAGAUGGCUAGGUCAUGUUAAAAGAAUGAGUCCCGGCCGCAUUCCGAAAGACCUCCUAUAUGGUGAACUUGCUUCGGGAAAGAGGAAAACAGGUCGCCCACGUCUGCAAUUUAAAGAUGUCUGUCAAAGGGACAUGAAAGCAGCCAAAAUACAUACAAGUGACUGGGAGUGUAAGGCAAAAGACCGAUCUACGUGGCGCACAGUUGUCAAAGAGGGCGUCAUGGUAGCCGAGGAGAAUUUAAAGAUGUCUGUCAAAGGGACAUGAAAGCAGCCAAAAUACAUACAAGUGACUGGGAGUGUAAGGCAAAAGACCGAUCUACGUGGCGCACAGUUGUCAAAGAGGGCGUCAUGGUAGCCGAGGAGUGAAGAAUGGAAGAGGCUGCAGACAGAAGAGCUAGGAGAAAGGCCAAAACAUUUAGAAGCACGGAACUCGUGUGUAAAAACUGUGGUAAAGACUGUCACUCAAGGAUAGGACUGCACAGCCACUCGAGAAAAUGCAACCCAACCAAACGGUGACGCACCAUCGUCUCACGAGACGGAAGGAUGCCGAUAGAAUACAUACUGAAAAGUAUAAUAUAUAUCGAAAGGCAUAAUUUAUAAUGAAAGGUAUAGUAUAUACUGAAAGGUGAUUCAUAGAAAUUAACUUUCCCAGACAUGAAUGCCACAUUUCAUUAAGAGUCAAAAACUCUGGGCAAUAAUUUCAUUUUCCAAAGUUGUGAGAUCUACAAAUCUAUUAUCAUAACAACGUACACCAGUGCACACAAAUAUAUUAUUAACAAUAACGUACAGCGUUCCACACAAAUAUGCUAGUAACAAAAUAAAGUGCAUCAGUCCAUUAAAAAAGACUAAGCAGCAUCUGGAUGUUUUCCCUUUGUUUUCUAAUUGAGGAUUGCAAAAAAAAAACAAACAAAUUUAGUCAUGAUUCAACUAUUUGAUAAAAUUGGUUUUGAAUUUCAAAUUAGUUUUUACUGAACCCUAAAUUUUUUUUAAUCCUUUUUCAUUUCUGUAGAUAUUAAGUCUGAACCAGUGCCACAAAACUUAAUGAUUUAACUGUGCUAACUAAUUAUAAGACUGUUGGACCACCAUCAAGCUUUAAAGUUUACAUUUGUAUUCUGUAUGAUCAUUAUUAAAGCUGACCACAUAUUGUUUCAUUUGCACCAACUGAUUAAUUUAUCUGUGAAAUUUUUCUCUGCAUUCUACAUUUUUUUCUCAUGAAAUACCUUAAUUCAGUUUCUUCCAGAGUUCCAGCAGAUAGUUCUCCCAAUGCUAGAAGAAAGACUGAGAAAAAAAGUUGCCGAUCUUUAUGCUUUUUAUGAUCCAAUCAGAAGUGAGCUACUUUAAAUAGCCAUGUUAUUAUCAGAUGCUUUUAUGUCUUGAAAUUUUUCUAGUGUCUUUUUUUUACCAGUCAUUGAACAAUUUUCACCAUACAUACAGACCUGUUUACUCUUAAGAUUUUGGUGUACAAUGUACGAUUUUAAGUUGCAUACAUUAUAAAUAUUGUGUGUUUAUUUUUUUACUAUUAAGAUAAUGUAUUGAAUGAUUUUGUGAUGAUGUUGUAUGAUUUUAAGAGUUUGAGCGUAAACAGAUCUGUACAUAUAUCUAACUUGAUGGAGGCCUCCCUUAAAAAUGCAUAAUCUUUAAGGGGGACCUGAUGAUAUCAAAGGUUAAGAAUUUUUCUUUAUAAUAUAAUUAAUUUUCUGGAAUCUUAUUAACUUGCAGGUCAAGAGUCUGGGUCUGAUCAUCUUCUCAGUGCUAAGGCAGCCUCCCUACCUGAUCUCAUUGAACAAAGGAAACAAACUUUAGUUCAAGAGGCGAGGGGGCUUAAAGCAGACAGGGCGAUGAGAGACAGACAGUUCUGGUCUUACUACCAGGUAAACUGAGAGACAGACAGUUCUGGUCUUACUACCAGGUAAACUGACUGAAAACAUCACCUGUAUAUAUAAGGAAAUGUCAUGUGAUGGUAGCCAUUAAAUUAUAUAAUAAGUAUGACAGUAAGAUAUGCUGAAGUAAAAUGAAAGUGAAAGCAACUGAAGUUAUGGAAGAAUGUCUUGUGCAACAUUUAAGAGGCCAACAGAAAGAAUGUCUGGUACAACAUUUAAGAGGCCAAUAGAAAGAAUGUCUUAUUCAACAUUUAAGAGGCCAAUAGAAUGAAUGUCUUGUACAUUUAAGAGAUCAACAGAAUGUAAUAUGAAUCUGCUGUGAAAGGUCAAUUAACUGUCAUCAACAGCAUGUGAGAGCGUUCAUCAGAGUUUGAGAAUCAAUUUUUGUGUCAUCAACAGCAUGUGAGAGUGUUCAUCAGAGUUUGAGAAUCGGUUGUUUCUUCCAGAUGGACAUGAACAAUCACUGUUAAAAGAAUUAUAAUUAUUUCUCUAGAAACUGCUGGAAAGUUUGUCAGUCCUUGACACCAUGAUCAACGAUUUCAAGUUGGGGCAUCAAGCUGAAAUAGAUGAUGCCAAGGUGGAGUUCUUGACGGCGCGCUGCGAAGGUCUAUGUCUUAAAGUCAGGUAGAAUUGGUAAAUUAAGUCUGUGACUAAAAACAUUUACAUAAUUAUUAUAUUUUUUUUUUACUUCAUUUGUGUCUCUUUUUGUUCAUCUUCUCUUGGUCAAAUUUUAAAAUUUAUUUUUAUUUUACACCACAACCUUUCUCCUCUAUUGUAUUAGUAUAACUUAAUUUUCAAUUUCCUUUUCCAGAUUAACCCACCAGAGGGUGCUUUGUGAUACUUACACAGCUGAUGCAGUCAAAGCAUUGAAGAAGAUUGGGUAUGUCAAAGUUUUUAAAUGUUAUUGUUUGGUUUAGACAAACGCCUUCUUUGAAUUUUGUGUCGAAAGAUUUUUGUCUUGUUAAUCUUUUGUUAGUGCUAAGCUUAAAAUGGUGCACACUGUGCAAACAAGUUGUUCAUUAUUUUAUCUUUGAUCCAUGUAUGUGUACUGGGUGGGUGCUUCCCACCUUGACGGGUUGCACAAUUAAAUUCAUUAUGUUCUUUUUGUAUUUUUUUAAAAAAAAGGUACUGAUUGAUUUUUGGUGUACACUUUGGAGCAUGAGAGAACAAAACUGUUAUUUUGUGUUCUUGAUACUCUUGACAACUACCUUGAACAAUCAUUUGAUGGGGCAUCAAAAUGAUAAGCUGUUAUGUUGAAGCACCUGCUAUAUCUUUUUUUUUUUUUAAGACCUUUGAAUAUGUUUAACAGUGCUAAAUAUUUACUGUUAGCUGAAGAUAGAUAAGAACAACAGAUCAUGCACAUUAUAUUAGCAGAAGAUAGAUAAGAACAACAGAUCAUGCACACUCUUUUACCUCUUACAUAAUCAGAGCAGUGACUUUGCAUGUAUUCAGAGGAAUUCUACAUUUGUAUGUACUUAGGAAUUGUGAAUGUCACUCGUACCUCUUAUAUGAUCAGAGAUUCAGUUGUUAAAAUAACAACUAGAUCGACUAAAUUCCUUAGGGUGCAUUGAUUCAAUUUCUCUAUAAGGAUCUUUUCUGAUAAUCUAAGCCAUUGUUGUGUCGGAGGUUUUUCAAAAAAACAACUCAUCCUUUUCAAACUAAAUAAUUGUGAAACUGCUAGGGCCGAAGGCUUAACAUUGCCUGCAUUUAAUAAAGUUAAGUUAUACAUAGUAAUAUUAGUAAUGAGAGCACAUUUUAAAAUAUGCUACUCAAGAUCAAUGUCAUUACAUGUUCAAGGUUUCAGGCUGAGAUAUGAACAAACCUAUAUGAUUAAGUCAUUGAUGUCACUAAAGGAGUUCAUGGGAUGGCUGAUCGCUAUGCUAGAUAAAUACUUAAGAUGUCUUGUGUUUAAAUCGUUAAAAUAUGUAUUUAUUUAUGUGCUAAAAUUAAUACAAUGUAAUAAAACAAAACAUUUCCAUUAAUUUUUAGCAAUAAAAAAUCGUAUCUUAUAUAUUUAUUUUUAAGAGCUGAUGAACAAAAAUCAUCAGUAUCACAACAAAUAUUUCAGUUAUAGGAAUAGUCUGGUAACACUAUUGGCACAUGUUUUUGUGCGUUAGACGUAGUUUAAACCUUUUUUUAAAUCCAUUAUAUUAACUUCGCUUUUGUUUGUGGCUGGCUGACUGACUGGCAGAAUCUUCGGACGGUUAAGUGACUGACUUCCCAUCAAGCUAUCGAGCUGAAACUUGGCACAUAGACUCAUUACUGAUGACAAUACAUUCUUUCCAAUGUUCACCACCCACCCCCCCACCCGGCUCGAUAUUACAUUUUAUAAAGGAUUUAUAUGAAAAUUUUUGUUUUUAGAGUUGUUUAUUUUUCUUGAGUAAAGAACAUGAAAAAAUUGGGCAGAAUUUUGUUGGACAUGUUUUUUAGGGAGUAAUCAUUGAAAUUGAUGGUUAGAGGAAAAGAUGAUUGCCAAGUGAUAGUGGUACAAAUCUUAAGUCAUAAAAUGUUAGGGUACGGUUGGGUUUUGGAAAAUGAAAGUGGUACAAAUCUAAGUCAUAAAUUGUUAGGGUAUGGUGGGGUUUUGGCUUUGAUCAAGUGUAUUAAUUUUCUUAAGUUUUGACUGUUGGCAAAUUUAACCUUUCUUGUUUCUGACUCUCAUUUUCUCAGAGAUCACCUCCAUGCUGCCAUCAAGCAGAUGGAGGCAGAACUUACAGCCACGUCACAUUCCCUUCAGACUUACCAUGCUGUUGGGCCAGAGUUCAGAAAAGUUGUCCAGGAAUAUACUCGGCUCAAAAAGGAUAUUGAGAUACGUCAAUGGGGUCUCCAAGAGCUGAAAAAACACGGAGGGGCGGAGGGUUUGGGUGAUCGCGAAGUGCCCCCACAAGAUACCCAAACGUUAGGAGCUGGUAGCAGUGGCUCUACAAGUAAAAGUGGUGAGGGUCCCGCAGCCACCGAAGCAUCUGGUCAUAAUGAAAAGGGAUUAAACUUGAGAUCAGACUCUCCAAGACUGAGCAGCAGAUCAAUGAGUCAGUUACAUGAUGUUACAAGAGUUGAUCCAUGAGAUCAGACUCUCCAAGACUGAGCAGCAGAUCAAUGAGUCAGUUACAUGAUGUUACAAGAGUUGAUCCAUGAGAUCAGACUCUCCAAGACUGAGCAGCAGAUCAAUGAGUCAGUUACAUGAGGUUACAAGAGUUGAUCCAAUGAGUCAGUUACAUGAUGUUACAAGAGUUGAUCCAAUGAGUCAGUUACAUGAUGUUACAAGAGUUGAUCCAAUGAGUCAGUUACAUGAUGUUACAAGAGUUGAUCCAAUGAGUCAGUUACAUGAUGUUACAAGAGUUGGUCCAAUGAGUCAGUUACAUGAUGUUACAAGAGUUGAUCCAAAGUUGACAAAGAAAAGCAAGGAAGUGUAGCAUCUCUAAAGUUGUUUAUCAAAAAUACUGUUGUUUUUUUCUUAAUUAAGAAAAUGGUUGAAUUUCUGCAGAUAUUUCUUGCGUUAUCAAACAAUAGAUCAAGUGUUUCAAAUUGGGAUAAAUAUUACUAGGUGAGUCAAACAUAUUUCAUGUAAUUCAGCUGGGUUUUCUAAUUUAAUUUUUUGCAUGCAAUUAACUAAACAUACAACAAAAAAAUAAAUUAUUUUACAAUUUUUUUUACUUGCGUUUGUUUCAAAACUCUCAUUAAGGUGUUGAAUACAACAAUGGGAAACCAUUUGUUAUUUAAAGGGUAAAACUAAAAUAUUUGUAUACAAAGCAGACACUUAGUUCUUCUUAUAUGUAUGACCAGGCAUUAUUGUAUCUAUAAAAUAUAAGCCAGGCACUCUCGUGUCUAUAACCUAGGCCAGUGCUCGGCAAACUCAUUAGUCAAAAGAGCCAAAAAUUAGCUGCAGAGUGAUGAAAAAAAAUUCUCAUUGCCAAAUUUCUUUUCAAGAACCAUGCUUUUUUGAGUCAAAACCGAUUUGUGGCCGGCUGGCCGAGCCGCACUCAGGUCGCUAAAGAGCAGCAUGCGGCCCGCGAUUUCCCUACCGCUGACCUAAGCAAUCUCGUAUCUAUGACCUAGUCUCUCAUAUCUAUGACCUCGUAAAUAUUCUAAUCUACUAGAUUUUGCCAAGUACUGUGAUAAGAUAUUCUGGGUCUUGAACUGACUGAAGCAUGUACCCUCCAGAUCAGUCUGCUCCUGUCAACAGGGUUCCUGAGUGAAGCAUGUACCUUCCAGAUUAGUUUGGUCCUG